AUGGCCCAGAGCUCCCACCAAGAUAGUAUCGCUAGACACGAAGUCGAUAUACUUCAAGAGAGGACUGCCAAGUUCCUAGGAAAGGCAAGAGUCUUGCUUGAUUCUCUACAGUUUCCGAAACAAGUGUUGGUCGAUCUACAACGACACAAUGUCGACCGGCUGAAGCGGGUGUUUGAGCUAGAAGGCUGCCGACGUCUAGAACCUGAUCGUCAUAUUCCAGCACUUAUCGACGCAAAGGACCUCCAAAGUGCACUUGAAUACACCGCAACCGACCAUGUCACAUCAGAAACUCUGCUCGAUAAUCCAGACGCACUACCUCCCCUCUUGAAGCUGCCAUCGCAUCUCUCCAUACAAUGCUUGCGAGGAAAGCAUCGUGUUACCGCAGCCAAAGAGACGUCAGUGCUAGAAGCGACUGAUAGGUGGUGGAUCGUUGACCUGUACUCUGCUGGUAGGUCCAUGUCGCUGCCAGCCGUAAGAGGACUCACUUGUAUAGAUCUAGGCGCGGAAGGCCAACGGGAGUUGGUCGAACAGUAUUGCAACUCGCAUAACUUCACAGACGGCUCGGUUUACAUCAGGAUUCUACGCUACCAAGCUAGUCGACAGGAGCUCGCCGAGAAGCAGUGGUGGGCACGAUUGACGAAGAGCAAAAGAAACAUACUGAAACGCUUCCUCCGACACCCGAGACUGGCGAGUGGCUUUGCAAAGUUAUGCAAAUUCGAAGCUCUACUAGUCCACGGAUUCAGGAUAGGAACUCUUUUAGAGAUCAUGAGCAGUAGGCUAGAUGAGGAAAUAUUGUGCUAUCUGAACCACAUAUCCGCUAUAUGGUCGGCUAUCAUAGGUGGAGAUUCAGAGCAUAGGCACGCAUUGGACAGUCAAACUGUGGCAAGCCUCCAGUCAAAAGCACCUGGCGUUUAUUCUAGCGAAUACUCAGCUUUGAGGCAGGAUAUCGAGCAAGGCACGAUAUUCUCCCUAUUGAAACGGAGUAAAAAUCAAGCCAAGAUCUUGCAGAACAUUAUCACGAUAAUGUACCCAAUCCCCACGCUCGUUACGCUUCGAAAAGAUCUCAGGUACCUUGAUGCCUGUGCUCGUGCGGUCAGACAAGCAGUCCUAGGACCAAUGGCUCAGCUACAAUCGAGUUUCUCCGAAGCAGUUCAGAAGUACUUUACCAAUGUCAAUCAAAAAGACGGCUACUUCUGUCUUCAACUGAGAGAUUCGAGUGUCAUAUACUGUAAAUCUUCAGCGAGCUAUGGCCCGUUCGAGACCGGCUACCGCCAGCUUCAUCUAUACGCGAUGCGUAAUAUUCUGCACCUGAACUCGAGCCUUCCUAGACAGCACAGGAGGUGUGCUAAACAAAGACGCAAGUAA